UAACUUAUUAAUUAAAUUUUUUAUCAGAAAACAAAGGAUUCACAUUCUAAAAUAAAGUGCAAUGUGACCGCAAUACGUAUCUAUAAUGAAAAUUUGAUGAAUAACCGCAUUUUGUAAAUCACUAAGUGGGUAUUUGCAGUUUAACAAAAGCUUGUCUUCCAAUAAUGGUGUUUUGUGUUUUAAUUUUAUUAGUGUACCAGAUGUUUUCCAGAAUAAAUUCGCAUAUAUUUAAUACAGAAAGUGUAACAAUAAUAAGCCUUGAUGGCGUGGCUGAUGGAUAUUUUGGUUAUUCAUUGUGGCUACAAAGAGGCGAUCAAUCAAUUGUAACUAUUGGAGCUCCAAAAAGUAGAGAUUCACAUGGAAUAAAAUAUGGUGGAGAAGUCUUUCAAUGCAAAGUGGACAGAAAUUCGUGGUGCAAAUCUGCAUUCCCAAGUUACUUACAUUCUUCCCCAAACGGCGAUUUUAUGGGUGGCACAGUGAAUGGAGAGGAUCACGUAGAUGGAAUAAUAAUGGCCUGCUCUCCUAGAUCAUCAGUUCAAUUUGAAUUCAAAUCAUCAGCGUAUCUUUAUGGAAAGUGUAUAUUUAAAAAAGACUCCUUAGAUGCAUAUCCGUAUCCGAAUUUUUAUAAUGUUUCGGUUGAACGAAUUGAAGGAGCAGGGCCUAUGAAAUGGAAUGAGGAAACAAGAACAUUGUAUUACGAAUAUGGAUAUGCUCAAAUUGGGUUUGAUGUUUCUUUUUAUGAUAAGGAUAACGUUUUUUGUGGAGCACCUGGAUUAAAUACCACAGGGGGUGCUUUGAUAUUUCCUGUAACAGAAUUUGAAAAGCCUGUAAGAAAUCAUGAAGUGACAAUUCUUCCGAAAAGAGUUUCACCAGAUUUAAGUGAAGAAGAUGACUAUAUCGGUUACUCUUUAAAUACUGCAUUUAAUGAGCAGACCAAAGAAACUUGGUUUAUUAUUGGAGCUCCUAGGGCCGAGAAUUUAUUCGGAAAGGCGACACUGUUUAAAUAUGUUGAAACUGCAGAAUUCGGAAUGGACAUAAUAGAAGUCUUUACUGGAGAUCAAUUUGGUGCUUAUUUUGGAGGUUCAGUUUUGUUGAUUGACUUGAACAAUGACAGGGUGCUGGAUGUUCUCGUUGGAGCUCCUUCAACUUCGACCAAAAAGUUGUACGACGAGGGAUGCGUUCACAUUUUUAUCAGCUCAAUAUUUGGAUACUUACCAAGAAAAACAAUUUCCGGUUCAAAUAAAUUGGGCAGCAGGUUUGGCAUAUCAGUUGUGUCCUUGGGAGAUUUUGAUUUGGAUGGUUUCAAUGACUUUGCCGUCUCAGCGCCAUACGAAGAUGAAGGCAAAGGCGCAGUGUAUAUUUACAAUGGGUGCAGUGAUGGAAUUGGAGAUAGCUUUAGCCAGCGAUUAACUGCUUCUUUAUUUGCAAAUUUUAUUACUUUCACUGAGCGAACCAGGGGUUUUGGAAUGGGUCUGUCCAGAGGAAAUGAUAUCGAUAAGAAUGGACAUAAUGAUAUAGCCAUAGGUGCGUACAAAUCCGACCAGGUUUUCAUAGUUCGGAGCUACGGCAUUUUAGACUAUGUUUCAACGAUAACACCAAGUGUAGACGUCAUUUUAGAAAACACGACAGAAUUUACUUUGCAAAUAUGCCUUACUUAUACAAAAAGGAGCGAUCUUGUGGACGUACCUUGGAUGAUUUUCUCAAUAAACAUCAACUUGGAUUAUAGAGCUGUGCAAAAUAAAAUUGAUGAAAUCGUUACGGUGAAUUUGAUGGAAAAUAGGUGUCAAAUAUAUUUAGUACAAAUACGGGCAAAAGAGAAAUUCUACCCUUUUUCAAUGAAUAGCCUGGUUAUACCUAACGCUACAAAUGAAAAUGUUAAAAUAUUGGGAAAUAGUAAACUCGAAGUGAAUCUUCCUUUUGCAAUUGGUUGUACCAAUAACAAUUUCUGCCUCACGGCCUUAACUCUUCAGAUCAAAGCAAAAAGACAAAAACUUAUUCUGGGAGAAGAUUAUCAGAUCGAUUUAGAAGUAACAAUUCGUAAUGAUGGCGAUCCAGCAUACCAAGGGGAAUUGCAGUUACAAGUUUCAGCUUCGAUUGAACUACGAAAUAAUUGUGAUAAAAAUAAGGACGGAAACUAUACCUGUCCUAUUGGUUAUAAAUUAGAAACCAAUGCAACGAAAAAUGAGACCUACAUUUUUGAUAUAUUAAAGUUAGACCUCAAUUCCAAAGAAAUAUCAAUCAAUGUGAGCAUUAGGAGCUAUGGCAUAAAUAAAAAAGGCUACAAGGAUAAAGAUAAUUUAAUGAUUCCUGUAACAGCAAAUAGUACUUCCUAUAUUAUUGGAAACACCAUUCCCGAAAACAUGGCACUGGCAAGGGUACCAGAACCCAACAAUACCCACAUUUUACAUAGAUUUACUGUUGGAAAAAUUGGGCCUUCACCUCUAAAAUUAAAUAUUUAUAUUUUAGUUCCGUUGGUAGAUUAUCUUGGAGAAAAUAUUUUCAACGUUAAGCUCAUCAAUGGUAGUAUCGAUGGAGUUCCAGUCAAAUGCACUCCGGGAAUAAUUCAAAUUACCAUGAGUCAUGAAGACAUUUUUAACAAAUUGAAUGUCGGCAAAAUUCCCACUAAUAGAAGUAUUGCAAUUCAUUGCGAUGGAGUUCAUAAAUGCUUACAGUAUCAUUGCGAGGGAAUCCUCGAGAACUCCAAUCAAAAAGCAGUAUUUGAAAUCCGAUUGUUGCUGAUCUCCAAUUUAUUGGUAAAGAAAUACAGCUAUGAGCUAGGACCAAGAAAUCUAAUAGCAUAUUUGCCAGUAGCCGUACAACAAAAUUCCACUAACUCUGAUCAUCGGGUUCUAGAAUUGGCACCAUUUGUUAUUUUUGUACAAGACCUAAAAUUUGUUCCUCUAUGGAUUUUUGUGUUGGGAACAUUUAUCGGAUUUAUUUUACUUAUUUUUCUAGUAAUUGCACUAUACAGGUGUAGUUUCUUUAAAAGGGAAUACAAGGACUACCUUGAUCAGGAAUACAGUAAAACAUUAGCAGAGAAUAGAUAUUGUUGUGAUGUUGAUGAAAACCCAUGCUCAAUAGGAAAAGGAAACACGAAAGCAGUGGAAAAUGACUACGUUGAAUUGAUGUCACUCUAUUAAUGAAAUGAUGAAAAUCACACUUAUUAUAGUUAGGAAUGCGACCGUAGAAAAUUAAGCUAAUAAGAUUAUAGGAAAAGAAAUGUUUAAAAUUUGAACAAUAACAAAGAGAAAACAAAUGGGUAGGUACUCAAAAAAUUCCUUUUAUUUUAAUGUGUAUAAAAUAUCUCACUCCUCGUUCUAAUUACUGGUUACAACAAUGGAUUAAAUAGUGUUUACAAUUUUAUUUUUGUGGCAAAUGCGCAAUUUUAAACUUUGCCUUUGCCAUUAGGUACCUAUAUUUUUAAUU